AGAUUAUGAGAGGGAAAAAUGUGAUUUAACAUUCCUAAAAAAAUCGAUGAUUCCUUAGGUGUUCAAGUCUCCAGAGAAUCUUUGCAAUUGAAACUCCGAACCUCCGAAGAAACCCAGAUCCGCCACCGUCAGCAGUAUCUGUUCAUUCUCUCAAAACUGAAAGAGAAAGAUCAAAUCAUCGAGCGAUCAAAGGCGGAACCGAAUAUGAAUGCAGUGGCGUUGAAGAGAUUUGGGCAAGCGAAUCAGAAGCUAGCGGCAGAGUGUACGAAUUUGUUUACCCAGUGUAACAAAUGGGAAAGAGAGUGUUUGCUUUAUGACCAUGAUAGGUAGGCGUUGAUGGAUUUUCGAAACGAGGCUGAUGAGAGGGCAAAGAAAGCUGAGAUUAGGGUUCAUGCAUUGGAAAAGGACAUAGGGAAGUUAAAUCAAGAAUUAAGGUUCUACAGACACCGUUAUCAGAGCCAAAUGAUUGAUUCAUCUUCUGAAGGCACGACAGUGGAAGAGAAUUUACUUGAUUCGGUUCUAGCAACAUUGAUUUGAAAGAUGAAGUUACAUCCGGACAUGCAUACUUGGAGACAAAUACCUCCCUUGAAUCAUGUCAAAGGUUGCUUAAAAUGUGGAAUAGGUUGAUGCCUUCAACUCAAAAAAUUUUGUCACUAGCUGCUGAAGUAAUGACCCUUGAGAAAGACAAGGACCAUCUCAGGCUAAACCUUAGUAAAGCUGAAGAAGAGGUGAAAGUUCUGUUUGAAGAAAAUAGCAUAUUGGAAGAGGCGAACCAAAGAUUAUUGAGGCAAUCACGUGAAGGAAAGAAUCUCUAUGAUUCUGGUGGGAAGCAUACUGACAGUGCAUCUGCAAAGGUGAGAAAAGAAUGUUGGGUUCUCUGUAUUUGUUGGUCUGCACACAUGGGUGCUUGCUUUCACAUGUAAAAACAAGUUCAUUGAUUUGAUUGUAUAAUUUACUUUUCUCACAAACAAAGAAAAGAAAAUUGAGUCCCAGGAUAUACAGCCUGAUUGAGAAGAAGAUGAACUUUACUGAUCCAGAUUCAGCAAGAAAGCCUCCGUCACCAUUGCAAGACGGAGCCUAAAUUCUUGUCCAUUGAUUAUUCUUUGUAUCAAUGAUGGCUUUUUAAGUAGAUUUACAGAUAGCUUUUUUGAAGCAACAGGCUGGCUGUAGUUGGUGAGCAAUAUAGUUUCAAGCACCGGAAUGGAAGUACUGUUGUUUUUAUAAGUAAUGUUAAUUUCUGUUUUUCUUUAGCAUUUCCCGACUGAUCUGAUGUAAUAGAGUAAGGUAGUUGCUGAAGUAAUUAG